AUGACUGGAUCAAGUAGUAGAGAGGCAUCUCGAAACACAAAUCCUUAUGCCAAACCAACAACGGAUAUGUGUUAUAGAUGUAGUACGCCUGGCCAUCGCUCUAAUGUCUGCCCAGAAAGAAGGACUGCUAAUUUAGUUGAAGAAGAAGAUGAAAUUGGAGAUAAUGGAGAUGCAGAACAUGAGGGUGAUCAGUAUGAAGGUGCUGAACUUGCCAGAGAAGAAGGAGAACGAGUCAACUGUGUAGUUCAAAGGGUUCUAUUUACACCAAAAACUGAGGACCUCAGUCAACGUCACAAUAUUUUUUGCUCUUGUUGUACCAUAAAUCAAAAGGUGUGUGACCUUAUUGUGGACAGAGGAAGUUGUGAAAAUUUUGUGGCUAAACGAUUGGUAACGCACCUGAACUUCUCUCCUGAACCACGCCCCUCUCCCUACAGCAUUGGCUGGAUUAAAAAAGGACCUGCUGUCAAGAUAAUCGAAGUAUGUGAGGUACCUAUUUCUAUUGGCAAACAUUAUAAAUCCGAUGUAUUAUGUGAUGUGGUUGAUAUGGAUGCUAGUCAUGUAUUACUUGGAAGACCUUGGCAAUUUGAUGUGGAUAUUACAUUUAGAGGGCGAGACAACACUUAUGUGUUCAAUUGGGGGUCUCAUAAAAUUGCUAUGAGUCCUUUAAACCAACACAUAGUGCCUCCAAAAGUCGAAGUGAAGUCUUUCCUCACUAUAACCAAUUCAGAGGCCGAGUUUGUGGCAGAUGCGAAAACUUCGCAAGAUUCAUAUGCUAUGGUUAUGAAAACAAUGGUACCUAUGGCCAAGGAGAACACAGUCACACCAAUCCCUCAGAAAAUUAAACCAUUGUUGGAGGAAUUCCAAGAGCUUACUGCUGACGAGUUGCCAGAUGAACUUCCACCCAUGAGGGACAUUCAACAUCAGAUUGAUUUCAUACCAGGAGCAAAUGAUAUGUUGGACAUGCUAGAAGGAUCAAAGUGGUUUUCAAAGAUCAAUCUGAGAAGUGGGUACCAUCAAAUUCGAAUCCGUCCUGGGGAUGAAUGGAAAACAGCAUUCAAGACUAAGGAUGGUUUAUAUGAAUGGUUGGUUAUGCCAAUUGGCUUUUCUAAUGCUCCUAGCACCUUCAUGCGAGUGAUGCAUCAAGUAUUACGACCUUUCACAGGGAAAUUUGUCGUGGUUUAUUUUGAUGACAUAUUAAUCUACAGCAAAUUUGAAGAGGACCACAUGUCCCAUUUACGAGAGGUGUUGACAGCACUGGGGGUAAGCAAGUUGUACAUUAAUCUUAAGAAGUGCAGUUUCCUUACAAGUAGUUUGUUGUUCUUGGGUUAUGUGGUUAGUUCAGAUGGCAUUCAUGUGGUUCAAGACUGGGUUUUGAAUCGAGUCGCGGAUGCCUUGAGUCGACGGGCUAGUUUAUUAGUCAUGUUGACACAUGAGAUUGUGGGUUUUGAGUUCCUGAAAGAACUUUAUCCUGAUGAUGAUGACUUCAAGGAGAUAUGGGCAAAGUGUAUUCAAAGACAACCAGUAACUGAUUUCCACAUCACUGAUUCUUAUUUAUUUCGAGGAAAUUGCUUAUGCAUUCCCUGUAGCUCUUUGCGAGAGAAACUAAUUUGA